GAGCGGAAUUUCCACCAGGAAAUAUUUAUAGCGCUGACGCAUUUCUCACCUGUAUUGAAUCUGCUCUACACUCAGGUGUUUGCAGAGAAAGUUUACAAUGGCUGAUGAGGAUGACUCGGACUGGUCUGGCAGAAAUAGUCUUUCAAGUAUGGAAGAGUCUGCAUCCGUGGACUCAACAGAUGAAGAACUAAAUGGAAACUGUUCUAUAUCCAUUAAACCCCCCUGGGCACAGUUGUUGAAUGCUGGAGAAAACCCAAUGAGAAUGCUGGAAGGCAAAGAUGGAAUGCAGCUGAUGAAAAGAACACAAGAUCUCGUUGCAGCUCACCCUACUGAGGGGUUAUGCAGAAAUUGUCGGAAGGGCCCUGUGGUAAAUGGGGAUCAGAACGCCCAAGAACAAGGACCAAGCACAUCGGGACUAGGAAACGCAGAAGCAGCUGUGUCGCCGCACGUUCAAGCUCAGUUUUUUCAGAAAACAGACGUGAAGAUGAUCUUUCCAGCCGCUCCCAAGAAUAUAAAUGUUGGAAACAAAAAUAUUAUUGAUGAUAAAAAAGUUGGUGAAGUUGAAAAAGUUGAAGUGAAAUCACCAAUACAAAUCAUCAGAAGCAAAACAGAACAGGAUAUGGAGCUCUGUGUUAAAACAACUGUGGAAACUAGAAGUGUCACAGAGGUGAUGCAAGCUUUUGAAAAUGGAUCGAAUGUGGUAAUCAUCACAGGGCAACCAGGGGAUGGGAAGUCAACAGUGGCUCAGAGAGUUCUGAACAAUUUGCAUAACCAGAGGAAAGAGGUGCUCCAUAUAAUCAAACCUGACGAUCUCCUGAAGAUAACACCAACACGACGUGAGCGUGUCAUCCUGUUAGAUGGCAUAUGGGGUUAUUACACCUUUGAACAGAAAAAGUGGAAGAAAUGGGAGUUUUCCCUGCACACAAUGUUAGCACAGAUUACAAUGUGCAUACUCCUUAUUGUUGGUAACAAAGUCGUUGUUCAAGCACUGUUCGACUACAUACAGGGUCUACACGUCACAGCUGUGACGGUUGAUAUAUCAAAAAUCACAAGAACACUACAGGAAAAGGAAAAUAUUGUGGGUUCUUUUGAAACCAAGUAUGACAUCAAUGUCGAUGAGAUGAGGCGAAGGCAAAUUUGUGAAUGGAAAUAUCCUGGCUUUCCAAAACUUUGCGAAUUGUUUUUCAAACAGUACAAAUCCAAUCGAGAUUCUAAACCAGCUUCAAUAUUUCAACUUCCAACUUCACUGGAAAUAGAAACAGUUACACUUCUUAUGAAGCAACAACCCAUUAGGCAUCUCUUCCAGAAGCUUCUUGAGCACCAUGGCGAGUGGGAUACAUCGAAUGAGACCGGCGAUCUCGGUUAUACACUGUCUGACACAGCCAAAGGACUAGAUGGGACAUGUUUGAAUAAAAACGGCACUGUCUGCACAUUCAUUGGACAACAUAUGUAUGUCCUUGUAGCCUCAACUUUAUGGGAACACAAUCCAAGGUUUGUUAUUGAGAACGGCAGCAUGGUGUACAUACGUAUGAUGUUGCGGUUGCAGUCUCAGCAGACGUCCGAAACAACAUCGCAGGUACUGUUCAUCCCAGAAAAUCUUUCAAAGUAUCUUGUGAUCAGAUUUGCAUCGGAAAUUUGCAAAGGCAAUAUAUAUAUGGCGCUAUCUCACUCAGCAUGCACAUGGGCCCCCUUUGCAAAACAGCUAAUUGAAUCUGUUUUGAAAAAGAACAAGUCGAACAUGCCAGCUGUUGUUGCUCUGAAAGAUGCCAGCCUGAAAAAAACGUUCCCUUAUCUGGCAACAAGCAAUGGAAGCUACCAUGUUUUGAAACUAAUUAUGAUAAAAAUGAGACAUGUGCCACUUUCAGUUAUAAAGGACAUAGUAUUUGGCAUGUACGACGCCGGAGCCAUAGAUGCCCUGAAAUAUUUGGUAGACAAACGCAUUGCAUUUGAAAUUAACGUCAGGAACGAAAACGGCCGAACCCCAGUCAUGAUUGCUGCUGAUAAAAAACAUGAGGCAUUUGUGAUGCAACUGCUAGUUCUAAAGCCAGACAUCAAUGCCUCGGACUUCUUAGGCAGGACAGUUCUACACUAUUUCUGUGAAAACGGACUUGCCAAGGCAACAAAAGAGAUUAUAUCAUCUGUCUCUGAUAUGAACAGAAAGGACGUAUCAGGCCAUUCACCUCUCUUCAGUGCAUGUGAAUGGCAAUAUUUCAAAAUAGUCAAGCAAUUGGUUGACAAAGGAGCACGGGUAGAUGCUGGAUCCUUGCAUGAAGCCUGCAAGUCAAGCAGAGCAAACAUUAUCACUCUGUUGAUAGCACAAGGAGCAUCUGUCACCACCCGAUCAGAAAAUGGUGACAGUCUCCUUCACUCUGCAUGUGAAGGUAGUACAGCUGUAAUAGAGUUUCUACUUGAGAGAGGUGUUGACAUUAACAUCCGAGGAUUCAAAGGCAGGACUCCCCUGGAUAAAGCACUAGGAUUCCAAAAUACAAGCAUAGCAGAUUACCUCAAAUCUAAGGGCGCCAAAACACAAGAUCAUUUCGAUCCAAUGACUCCACAUUCAUCACAGCAGAAGAAGAAUACUGUAGAAGAUGGUGUUGGAUCAUCAACGUGGAGCACUAGUCUGAUAAAAAAAUAGUUACUGCUUCUGCGACUGCACAUAAACCUUAUAUAUAUUUUCACGGAUCCAAAGCCAAAUAGUGACAGAACUUAGACAUUUGUGUCCCAGAAAAAGUGGAUCGUGUAUGAUUUUCUUAAUUGUGCGUGUUCUGAAAAGAAUUUCAUCAAGUUUGAUAAGCUGUCAUUUCAGUUGGGACAUUGUUUUCGUGGACUUACGAAGGUGAGUGUUUUCAAAUCCCCUCCUGACAAAUUCUAACGGUGGUGGUUGACGGAGAUGGCAACGAAUAUGGAUCAGAAAAAGGUUUGUAAACAACAUGUUGUCAUGAAUAAAGUUUUUUCAAAC